AUAUAUUCACAAAUCACAAUCUCUCCCUCUCACUCUCUCUAUCAUACUCUCUUUCUCUCUCUUUCUUGGUGUUCAAUGCUGAUUUAUCACCCCCGUACCCUUCGCCGCUCUCCUCUCAUCUCUUCUUCUCUUCUCCAUUCAACAACACCACCAUUCUAAGAUUUAUUCUACCCUCUAUUUUAUCUUCUUUUUAUUUAAUUUUUAUUAAUUAUUUAUCUUUUUCUAACAAGAAAAUUCCCAUCUUUUCAAGAAUUUAUCUAGGAUUAUUAUUAUCAUCAUUAAUUAAUAAUCUCUCUUCAUUUUUGUUAGUUACAAACAUGUGCUUCUACUUAAUGUUUGUUAUUAACCAUUUCUCCUCUAAUCUUGUUCUAUUUGUUUGUUACUAUUAUUAGUAGUAGUUAACAAACCAUAUAAACACACACAACUACGAAAUCCUUAGAUAAAAAAAAAAUUAUAGUUUCUUUGUUAUUAGUAGUAUAACAACAAUAUGGAGUACUUUUACAACAAUUUGAGAGAGAUGGAAGGGAAACUAGCGAAUGAUCCACAACGUAACACGAAAACGACUACGAACACGCGUUGCAUACUAGUUUCGGGUCCGGUGAUUGUAGGGGCAGGGCCAUCAGGGUUAGCCGUCGCGGCAUGUUUGAAGGAGAAGGGCGUACCAAGUUUGAUUCUAGAGAGAUCUAAUUGUAUUGCGUCUUUAUGGCAACUUAAGACGUAUGAUCGUUUAAGGCUACACCUUCCUAAGCAAUUUUGUGAAUUACCCUUAAUGCCCUUCCCACAAGACUUCCCUAUGUACCCUACGAAGAGGCAGUUUAUUGAAUACUUGGAAGACUACGCUACGAAAUUCGAUAUCAAGCCUUUGUUUAAUCAGACGGUGGAGAAAGCGGAAUUUGAUCAAACACUAGGGUUUUGGAGGGUAAGAACGUCCACUACUUGCUCUACUAGUGGUAGAGGGACAAUAGAAAAAGGCGGUGGUGAUGAGGAGAUUGUGUUCACGACGGAAUACGUGUGCCGGUGGUUGGUGGUGGCGACGGGGGAGAAUGCGGAGGUGGUGAUGCCGGAGUUAGAAGGAUUGAAGGAGUUUGGUAAGCAAGUAGUACAUACAAGUUCGUACAAAAGUGGUGAAACGUUUAGAGGUAAAAGGGUGUUAGUCGUUGGAAGUGGAAAUUCAGGGAUGGAAGUAUGUUUGGACCUUUGUCAUCAUAAUGCUAUGCCUUCAAUUGUGGUCCGAGAUACAGUUCAUCUCUUACCAAGAGAAAUGUUCGGAAGAUCAACUUUCGGGUUAUCCAUGUGGUUGCUCAAGUGGUUGCCAAUAACCCUAGUGGACCGGCUCAUGUUAAUAAUCGCAUGGUUAAUAUUUGGCGAUACUUCAAAAUUAGGUUUAGCUCGUCCCAAAACGGGUCCCCUCGAGCUCAAAAAUUUGACAGGAAAGACGCCGGUGUUAGAUGUUGGGACGUUUGACAAGAUCAAAAGAGGAGACAUCAAGGUAUGUCCAGGCAUCAGGCGAUUAAUGCACCAUGCAGUUGAAUUUGUUGAUGGAAGUGUAGAGAACUUUGAUGCAAUCAUCUUAGCAACUGGAUACAAAAGCAAUGUGCCACAUUGGCUAAAGGAAAGGGAGAUGUUCUCAGAGCAAGAUGGACUUCCGCGAAGGCCAUUCCCUAAUGGAUGGAAAGGUGAAUCAGGAUUAUACGCGGUAGGGUUUACCAAACGAGGAUUAUUAGGUGCAUCAAUGGAUGCUAAGAGAAUUGCAGCUGAUAUUGGACAAUGUUGGAAUUCUGAAUCAAGACAUCUUACAACCUUUGAUCGAUCACAUUAAUCGUCUUCUUUACAACUUCUUUUUAUGGUUUUAGGUAUCAUUAGUCGAUAUCAUAGUGAUGAUGAUGAUAAGUAGAGGAUUUUUGGUAGUACCAAGUUUUGGUACUAACGAAGUUUCUACCUCCAAAAGAAGAAAAAGAUACAUGAGGGAAAGUUCAUGCCCAUCUUUUUCAAAAAAAAAAA